UAUCGCUCAGAGGUUACCUUACUGAAGACGGAAAUGUCGUGAAAGCUCCAUUGUUUUGCCUAGUUCGUGUCGUUAAAAAAGUAUCAAAUAAAUCGUCUCUCGACUCGAGUCGUCUCUCUUCGGGUUUGAUUCAACACGAUAAAGAUCGGCUCUGUUUUAAGUCAACUGAAGCUGGUAUCUAUACACGCAUUAUGCCAGGUUUAGAUUUAAAGUUUCUGGAUCGACCGAAGAGGAGAUUUUAUUGCCCUUUGUGUAGUAAGCCGAUGAGGGAACCUGUUCAGGUGUCCACCUGCGGUCACAGAUUCUGUGACACCUGUCUGCAGGAGUAUCUCAGUGAAGGUGUGUUCAAGUGCCCAGAGGACCAUCUGCCAUUGGAUUAUGCCAAAAUUUUUCCAGACAUGGAGCUGGAACAGCAGAUUCUCUCUCUGCCCAUCCGCUGCAUUCACAGUGAGGAGGGCUGCCGCUGGUCCGCACAGAACAAGCUACUCCAGGCCCAUUUGUCCGUGUGUGAGUUUAACGUGGUGCCGUGUCCGAACCGAUGCUCUUUGAAGUUGCUGAGACGAGAACUGCCCGAGCAUAUGCAGCACGAUUGCGCCAAGAGAAAACUGCACUGUGAUCACUGCACUGAAGAGUUCACCGGAGAGGCAUAUGAGAGUCAUCAGGAUGCUUGUCCAGAGGAACGUGUAUACUGUGAGAGUAAAUGUGGUGCACGUGUGAUGCGUAGACUGUUGACCCAGCACACCGUGUCCGAGUGCCCCAAACGCAAGCUGCCCUGCAGAUACUGCCGAAAAGAGUUUCUCUAUGACACUAUUCAGAAUCAUCAGCAACAGUGUCCACAGUUCCCUGUGCAGUGCCCUGGUAGGUGCGGCACACCUGGACUCACCCGAGAGAGCGUCAUGGCUCAUGUAAAGGAAGGGUGCAGCGGUGCUACGGUGAUCUGUCCAUUUAAAGAGGCUGGCUGCAAACAUAAGUGCCCAAAAACCGCAGUGGAACAACACCUUGAGGAGGCAACACACACCCACCUGUCUCUUCUGUGUGGUCUGGUGAACCGUCAGAGAUUGGAGCUCAGGGAACUCCGGCGUGGAGUGGAGGAACUCUCCGGGUGCCGGGAUGGAACCCUGCUUUGGAAACUCACCAACUACAGCCAACGACUGCAGGAGACCAAGAGCAGGACUGAAGGGAGCUUGGAAUUGUUUAGUCCCCCAUUCUAUUCCCAUAACUAUGGAUACCGUCUACAACUGUCCGCCUUUCUCAAUGGGAACGGCAGUGGGGAGGGCUCAUAUUUGUCCAUCUACAUUCGAGUUCUGCCGGGAGAAUAUGACGGGCUGCUGGAAUGGCCGUUCCCGUACCGCGUCACCUUCUCGCUGCUGGAUCAGAGUGACCCGGCGCUCACCAAACCCCAGCACAUCAAAGAGACCUUCAGCCCGGAUCCUAACUGGAAAAACUUCCAAAGGCCACAGCCAGGAGCUCUGGGGAGCAUUCGUGGGGGCUGUUUGGAUGACAGCAUGUUGGGGUUCGGCUACCCGAAGUUCAUCUCCCACGAGGAGAUGAAGAAAAAAAAUUAUAUCAGAGACAACGCUAUUUUCAUUAAAGCCACCAUAGACGUGGUCCGAAGAAUAAUGAACUGAAUGGGGUUCAAGCUAUUCUGGAAUACUUUAAAAAGGUAAAAUGCAGCUUUUUUGCUUUUUCUGGAAUCGAUGAUGACAAUUUCUGCAUCAUUUUGACUUUUCAUAUCAUCAGUGAUCUGCCACAGAUGAAGGAUAGUUUGGUACUGAUUAUGUCACUUAAUUUGUGUAUUUGCAUUGACAUUUACAUGUGUCUUCUCUGAAAUAUGUUUGUAAGUAAAGAAAGGAACUGUUUUAAAAGUUUCUGUGUGUUUUUUCAUGAAUGCUUUUUCAUGAUUAUCCUUAGUAGCUAUGUUCCUGUCUAAGGCAAACCAACUGGACAGAGGUGUUUGCUAACUUUACAGUUUAUCUUGAUGGCUGGAGCAUAAAAGACUGCUGCCGUAUAGCAGUUGGGUUGCAAAGGGUUGUGACAGAAAUUGCUCAAUGGACAAUGAAGCCCAAUCCAAAACUAAACGCAUCCUACAGAUAGUGUCCAUAAAUCCAUGUUUUCGGAAUUGCUUUUAAUUGUAGGAGACCAUAACACAAUAGAAACAGUAUACAAUUGAACAAACAAUGUUGUUGUUAAUAACAACAACAAUAAUAAUAAUUUAAAAUAUUAAUUAAAAAAUGUUUUGUUUGUGUGUUUUUUCUUUUGUAAGUUAUUUAUAUUUAUCCUUCAUCUUUAGCAUGAUCUUUUGCUUUGGAAGGUAACAGGAAGUUGGCAACAGGAAUGGCCUCCAUGUCAUAUAUUAUGAAUCCCUUGUUUCCCUCGGGGUUCUCCUGACACUGGACAGAAAUCAGAAAAAAGUUUACAGAUCAUAUUCCAAACAUAUAGAACAUAACAUCAUAUAUAAUGUUAAAACCAUUAUGUCUUUGUCAUACCUGAACUUGUUCGGGUAAACCACAUGUUAUGUCUAUCGAGUCGUAAACCUCAUUGUCUUCCCUUAAUCGGACAUAUUUCUCCUAAGAAUCAGAUUGUUUAACUGAUUUGCAGGAGGUAGAACCCUUAUUUGAUAAGAAACAAAACUUUUUAAUCUUUAUUUGAUAGAUUACUUUGUUACCGUGGAGAAACUCAAACUAUAGAUAAAACACAAUAUUACGACUCAGAAAAGUUUCAUUGUUAGCAUUCUGUGUCAGUUCUGUCUUACCAUAUUGAUAAAUGUUGAGUUUUCUUACUUAAGAAGUAAUACAAUUGUGCUGCCUUCACAACGUCUUGGUGUUGCGUUUAUAUUAUCUCGCCGAAUAUUAUGAAUGAAGUCAAAAAAACUAAACAGGAAGAUACAAAUUUGUGUAUCCGGGUCUUUUUUGAUAGAGAUGUGCAUUUGAUC